AUGGAAGAGAAUUGUUUACCAAAAAAAUUAAAAAGAUUUGAAAUGAGUGAUUCUUAUAGUAGAUUAAUUAAAUUCCCACCAUCACUAAGCAGACUUUCAAUUGGUAAAGAAUUUACUCAUUUUCCAAUUAACAAGAUAUUAUCAAAUGAUGGUAAUUCAUUGGAAUUUUUAGAUUUAACAAGGGCAAAACAUUUCGAUGGUAAUUUUAAAGACUUAUCAAAAUCAAUUAAAACAUUAUCAUUAUCACUUGACAAUAUUUUCAGAGGUACAAUUGAUAAUAAAAAUUUCAUACCUAUUUAA